AACAAUUGUCUGUUUACCUCUAGCCAGCAUCCAAAGCGAUCCCUCCGGACCCUCAUAGACUCCAGCACCGCUCCGCUUAAUCCCGGCACUCUGCGGCAUUCUCCUUUCCAUUUCCUACUUUUUCCAGCCUCAGGCCAAUCUUGAGCUUUUUUUCCAUCCGUUCAGCUUUUCAGCUCUCAGCUUUCUCCUCUUUCCCAGCUUUCCAUUCAACUUUUCCUUAUAGACAAAAUGACGGUGUCUGAGCAAGAUAUCCUCGCAUCGUAUCCGCAAGUCAAUGCGCCUUCCGAAAUCACCGGAUACACUUCCAACUUGACCGAAGAACAGAAACAACAACUCGAACAGUUUCGUAAGGAAUUGACCGAAUUGGGCUUUGUUGACCGUUUGGACGAUGCGUCCUUGUUACGAUUCUUGAGAGCCCGUAAGUUUGAUGUCGCCAAAGCCAAGCUCAUGUUCGUCAACUGCGAGAAAUGGAGAAAAGACUUCGGUACCAACACCAUCUUGGAAGACUUCCACUACACGGAAAAGCCGCUUGUGGCCUCCAUGUAUCCACAGUACUACCACAAGACAGACAAGGACGGCAGACCAGUGUAUUAUGAAGAAUUGGGCAAAGUCAACUUGCCAGAAAUGUUGAAGAUCACUACCCAAGAAAGAAUGUUGAAGAACUUGGCUUGGGAAUACGAGUCCAUGACUCAUUACAGAUUGCCUGCUUGUUCCAGAAAGGCCGGAGUCUUGAUCGAAACUUCUUGUACUAUUAUGGACUUGAAAGGGAUCUCGUUGUCCACUGCCUACCAGGUUUUGGGUUACGUCAGAGAAGCCUCUGUUAUUGGACAGGACUACUACCCAGAAAGAAUGGGUAAAUUUUAUCUCAUCAAUGCCCCAUUUGGCUUUUCUACUGUUUUCAAGUUGUUCAAGCCAUUUUUGGACCCAGUCACCGUGUCCAAGAUCUUCAUCCUUGGAUCAUCAUACCUGAAGGAAUUGUUGAAGCAGAUUCCUCCAGAAAACUUGCCAAAGAAAUUUGGUGGAAACUCCACCGCAGUCGAACAAGAGUUAUACUUGAACGAUGAAGGUCCAUGGAGAGAUACACAAUACAUCGGACCAGAAGGCGAAGCUCCUAGAUCGUUUCCUCUCUAAGUGCUCCUAAUCUCAUUGCUCCCGUACAAACGUAUUUGCUCAAAGGAUAAUUCCACAGCCUUCUUUAGCACGCUCGGUUCAUAUUAUUGUUUUUGCUCCAUUGCUUCAGCUGCUAUUCAUCACAUCUUUGUACCACAGCUUACCGCUUUUUUUGUAGUUUUGGGUUAGUGCAGCUUCUGCGUUUUUAUACAUUUAAUAUAUAAGGUUAUCUUUAG